AAAUCAUAAAACGAAUUCAAUCAGCUUUAAAUUCAAAACAACAAAACAACCCCUAAUAAACUAAACAAAAAUGAAAGCCAUCAUUGCUCUCGUCUUUUUCGCCGUCUUGGCAAUGGCUACUGCCCAAUAUCUCGGUUAUGGUGGUGGAUAUGGCCGUGGUCUUGGAUACGGAGGUUAUGGUUAUGGCCGAGCUGCUCCAGUCUACGGUGGUUACGGAUACGGAGGUUAUGGCCGAGGAUACGGUGGAUACGGAGGUUAUGGCCGAGGAUACGGUGGUUAUGGCGGUUAUGGUGGUUAUGGUGGUUAUGGCCGUGGUUUCGGUUACUAUGGAUAAGCGGAAACAUACUUUAACCUUUUUGGAAUCCAUUCUUGUCCAUAAAUAUAUAUUUGCCAACAAAAAAUGAAUAUGUUUGAAUAAAAUCAGUUUUUUUGGUUUUUUCA